AUGCCCUCUCUAGGAGACCUGGUGCGCGACUGGCACCGGGGCGUGCAGGCUGUGGCGCGCGGGGACUGGGGCUGCGCCCUCCGCCUCUUCUCGGGCGACCCCGAGCCGCCCGCCAGGAUGUGCUUCAACGUGGGCUGCGUGCACCUGCUGGCCGGGGACCCGGAGGCCGCGCUGCGGGCAUUUGACCAAGCAGUGAUCAAGGACACCUGCAUGGCUGUUGGCUUCUUCCAGCGAGGAGUGGCCAACUUCCAGCUGGAGAGGUUCCAGGAGGCCCUGUCCGACUUCCGGCUGGCCCUGGCACAGCUAAGGGAUAAUGCCACCAUUGACUAUACGCAGCUGGGCCUGCGGUUCAAGCUGAAGGCCUGGGAGGUGCUCUUCAACGUGGGGGCAGCACAGUGCCGGCUAGGACUCUGGGCUGAGGCCACCCGCAGCCUAGAGGAGGCCCUCUCGAAGGGGCCGGAAGGGGCCGGCGACCUGCACGCCGCCCUGGACCAACUGCAGAAACAGGCCCACCUGCAGCCUCGGCAGGUCCCCAGGGGUGAGGUCUUCCGGCCCCACAGGCGGCACCUGGAGCAUCUGGAACCAGUGGAUUUCCUAGGCAAGGCCAAGGUGGUAGCCUCUGCCAUCCCCGAAGACCAGCACAAGGGCACCCAGCCUCAGCAGCCCCAGGUUCGGGAUGCCGAUGGUGAAGGCAGACCUGGAGCUGCCCCACGGAUGCCCCUUGAGGCAGAGACAGAGGUUGGCUCUGGACAGGUGGCGCAGGUCAUCUAUGAUGAGCGGAGGCCCCGUGUGGAGCAAGUUGGCAAACAGGUUCCUCCAGGGCCGCUCGUGGCAGGGGGGCCGGACCCCAGCCCUUUGGAGGAUCCCUUGGGUGCUGGGGGAGUGGCUGUGGGGGACCCUGCGUCCUCGGUGACCGUCACGGUGCAGUGUGCCUUCACCCUGGCCCUGAAGGUCCCGAGAGGAGCUGACCUGUCCAGCCUGCGGAGCCUGCUGAGCCAAGCACUGCCUCGCCAGGCCCAGUGUGGGCAGCUCAGUUACCGAGACCCCAGCAACAAGGGGCGCUGGGUCCCCCUCCCCGGGGAGGAGGUACUGCAGAGGGCCUGGCGGGAUGCAGCAGCCAGCCCAGGGGUCCUGCAGCUCCAGUGCCGGGGAGCAGGUGGCCGACCUGCCCUCUGCCAGGUGGUGGCCCAGCACAGCUACUCUGCCCGGGGGCCUGAGGACCUGGCCUUGCAGCGGGGGGAUGUCGUGGACGUCCUAUGUGAAGUGGACCAGGCAUGGCUGGAGGGUCACUGUGAUGGCCGCAUCGGCAUUUUCCCCAAGUGCUUUGUGGUCCCAGCUGGACAGUAUGUGUGAGGAGCCCGACACCCCCACCCGGAGCCCUGCCCAGCCCAAACCCAGUGACGAAAUCAGCCCUAAGACGUCCCGUGUCAAGGAGGGUGUUAAUAAAG